UGGUAUACAAGGGAGAGAACCACACAAAUCUUCCUCUGUCUCUCUCACACAACUUAUCUUCGCUUGCCCCAUCAGCACCACGUGCUGAGAGACACAAAACAAUGAACUUUUUUCCACAAAUUAGAAGCAAAGCAAGACUCUUACUUGUAUUCCUUUCUCUUUUCUCAUUCGUAAAUAAACACUUGCUCAGUAGUAUUGCUGCAGAUGUUAAAAGCAAUCAGGUUUAUAUAGUUCAUAUGGGGAAAAGACAACAUGAUGAAGAUAUACAGCUGCUCAAGAAAACCCAUCACCAAGUGCUUGCUACAGUUCUUGGAAGUAAAGAAGCAUCUGCAGAUGCCAUGAUCUACAGCUACAAACAUGGCUUCUCUGGUUUUGCAGCCAGGCUAACAGCAACUCAAGCCAAAACAAUUUCAGAGUUAUCUGGUGUGGUUCAUGUCAUACCCAAUCAACUUUAUAAGGUCCAAACUACCAGAAGCUGGGACUACCUUCGACUCUCGUCACAUUAUCCCACUGAGUUCGUCCAAAAAUCCAAACUGGGUGAUGGUGUCAUCAUCGGUCUUAUUGAUACAGGGAUAUGGCCAGAAUCCGAUGUUUUCAGCGAUGAAGGACUCGGACCAAUCCCCUCUCGUUGGAAGGGAGUCUGUGAGUCAGGAGAGCAAUUCAGUGGCGAAAAACACUGCAACAAGAAACUAAUAGGAGCUCGUUACUUUGCCAAGGCACUAGAAGCUGAAUAUGGACAGACAUUGCCAUUCAACACUACAGAAAACCCUGAGUAUCUCUCUGCAAGGGAUGCAAUAGGACAUGGCACACACACCUCCACAACCGCCGCUGGUUCCUUGACAACCAACAAGAGCUACAACGGCUUAGGUGUUGGAACCGUGAGGGGUGGUGCCCCACAGGCAAGGCUUGCCAUGUAUAAAGUUUGCUGGAACCUGGAUGGAGGAGUGUGUUCAGGAGCUGACAUACUGAAAGCCUUUGAUGAAGCAAUACAUGAUGGUGUGGAUGUCAUCUCAGUGUCCAUUGCAGCCGACAUGCCUCCGAACCCCGAGUUCGAUGCUAAGAAUGGGAUUGCUGUUGGUGCCUUCCAUGCAGUGGAAAAGGGGAUUGUGGUGGUCUGUUCAGCAGCAAAUACAGGACCAAGUGCUCAAACGGUCCAAAACGCAUCACCAUGGAUUUUGACUGUUGCAGCAAGUACUGUGGAUAGGUCAUUUCCUACACUCAUCGCGCUUGGAAACAACUGGACAACAAUGGGUCAAGCUAUGUUUACAGGAAAGGAUACAGGAUUUGUUAGUUUGGUGUACCCUGAGGUCUCAGAUCUUGACUAUCCCCGUGAUUGCAAAGGACUUGCAGCAAAUAGCAGUGCUUGGGCUGUCGGGAAGGUGGUUCUUUGCUUCACUUCUGAGUUCUCUCAUGGUCCGUCAAUAGAUGACGUUGCUUGGUCUUUAAGAAAGACAGGUAUUCUGGCGCUGAUUGUUGCUGAAAAUCCAAGCAGAUCCUUGCAUUCCUGCCCUGAUAAUCUCCCAUGUGUUCAAGUAAGCUAUGAAAUUGGCAUGAAGAUCCUCGCCUACUUUCGUUCUACUAGUAGUGAUGCACAAGUGAGGAUUAGCCCUACCAAGACACAUGAUGGCAGACCUGUAUCGACCACCCUUGCAUACUUCUCUUCUCGAGGGCCUAAUUCCUUCUCCCCUGCUGUACUGAAGCCCGAUAUAGCAGCCCCUGGUGUCAACAUUUUAGCAGCAGUUUCUCCAUCUGAACUAGAAUUGAAGAAUGCAUUUGCUUUUAUGUCUGGAACAUCCAUGGCAACUCCUCAUGUAUCAGGGAUCGUUGCACUGCUGAAAUCCUUGCAUUGGGAUUGGUCUCCUGCUGCUAUCAAGUCAGCAAUUGUCACAACAGCAUGGACCACUGAUCCCUCCGGCGAGCCAAUAUUUGCAGAGGGAGAGCCAAUGAAGCUCGCGGAUGCAUUUGAUUAUGGAGGUGGAAUUGUGAACUUCAACAGGGCAGCAGAUCCUGGUCUUGUCUACGACAUGGGAUCGGAGGAUUAUGUCAAAUACCUCUGUGCCAUGGGAUACAAUAACUCUGCCAUUUCCCUGCUUAGAGAACAUUCAACAUCUUGCCCAAGCAAAACACCCUCAGUGCUGGACAUAAACCUUCCUUCUAUAACUAUCCCAAACCUUAGAAACGUGACCACUAUAACCAGAACUGUCAAAAAUGUUGGAGCUGUUGACGCCCAGUAUAAGGUGGUGGUUGAUCCUCCGUUUGGUAUACAAGUAUCGGUACAACCAGAUAUUUUGAAAUUCAACUCAACAACCAACACCAUCUCCUUCUCUGUAAGUGUUUUCUCGACUCAUAAGGUGACAACAGGCUACUAUUUUGGGAGCUUGACUUGGACAGAUGGUGUGCAUGAAGUGAGAAGUCCUAUGUCUGUGAGAACUGUGGUUACACUCUCUCAUGAUGGCUAACAGUUAUUGCAGAAGGAUCAACCAUGUCCAUGCAAAAUCUGUAUACUAAUCUAAUGUGAAUAACUUAUUGUGGCGGUCUCUAGGAUUUUGAUUAAUGCUAAGUAGAGCCUUUUCUGGUUUUUCCCCAUAAAGGUUUACUCUUAUGCUUCUUCUUUUUUUUUUUUUCUUUCUUUUUGGUGGCAAUAAAAAGGUUUACUUAUAUGAACAAUCUGAUUGGUUUACUUGUAUGACCAAUCUGAUUGAUCCAAUUAUGCUCCUUAGCACUACGUUAGCAGACUGCGCAGGCAAUUAAUGGCAAAGCAAUUCCACUCUCAAGCAAAACAAACGGCUUAUGGAUAUAACAGAAUUGACUUUUAAGUCGUAAAAGUGGAUUUGGGGGGGAGGGAAUGAAGAAGAAGAAGACUAUACAGUAAUUAAACCAGACAAACCAAAACACAAAUAUAUUACUCGGGUAAAUAAUUUGUACGUAUAAGAGAUAAUAGGCACAGUACAUUACAUUUGAUCUCUGUGUUAGACACUAUAUAAUCAUCUGCAUAACAUUUCUUCCGACAUUUUAAAAGUUUGCCUUUCUUAUGAGCUCACUAAAAUUGGAAUUGUCCUGAGUCUCCUGACAAGCCUUUGCUUUUAAACGCUGCCAUUAAGAUUCUGGAAAUGUGAUUUGUAAUAAGAGUUAUACAAGAGGAAUUUGGCUAGGCCCAUCUAUUCCGCCAAGGAGUGUUCUCUAACUGGUUCUACCACCAGAGUCUCUAAAUUAGCAGAUUCACCAUUACCUUUGGGAAUAAUAAGC